AUGGCUGAUGAUCAUUCAUCUCAUCCCGACAGCACUGAGAUAGAGAUGCCUGAUGAAUAUGGUGGUCAAGAGAGCGUAGUAGCUAAAACAAUAGAUGAUCAAGCAUCUGAGAGUAUCGCUACAAAGCUCGCUCAUCUGAAAUCAACAUCGUCUAGUCGUCACAUAUUUAAAGUACCUGAACAUCUACGUAAGGGGAACAAAAAGGCCUAUGAACCAUACAUGCUAGCAAUUGGUCCUUAUCAUCGAGAGGAGCCACAAGUGAAGGAGAUGGAAGAGCGCAAAAAGGAGUAUCUGAAAGAGCUUCUCGAACGAACAGGGGAAGAAUAUGUGAAUAGGUCUGUCACUGCCAUGAGGAAAUUGGAAGAACAAGCUCGUUCAUGCUAUGCAGAUGAUUUUCGAAAUAUUAAAACAGAUGACUUUGUGGAAAUGAUGCUCCUUGAUGGCAGUUUUAUUAUUGAGCUACUUCGCAAGUUUAUGUUUAUGGAUAACACGAUGGAGUUGAGUUCGAUAAUCAAGAAAUUGGGCCGCGAUUUGUUAUUAAUUGAAAAUCAAAUCUCCUUCGUUGUUCUCGAGAAGUUAUCCAGCAUAACAACGGCGUUAGAACAGCGAGAUAAAGUUGAUUACAAUUUGCAUGAAAUGGUUUUGAAUUUCUUCGCUGUUUCUGUAUUGCCAUCCCAAUCAAGAGUCAUGGGAAAAUCGGCAGUAUGUUUUCAAAUUUCCACUGAAAAAAGCCAGCAUCAGCAUCUACUGGGUUUUGUACAUGAUAACUGGCUACGUGAAGAGAAUUGGGAGAUCAGUAGUCUCGUUAAACAAAACUGUCAGUGCUUUGUACAUGAUAACUGGCUACGUGUAGAGAAUUGGGAGAUCAGUAGUCUCGUUAAACAAAACUGUCGGUUUUUAUAUGGACAUAAACGGAGACCAUCACCCAAUGGACAUAAACGGAGACCAUCACCCAAUGGACAUAAACGGAGACCAUCACCCAAUGAUACGUUUACGAGGUUCAUGCGUUGUGCCACAGAGCUUAAGGAGGCAGGAAUCAAGUUUAAGAGGGUUUAUAGAAGUAUCUUGACUGAUAUAUGUUUUGAAAAUGGAACGAUGAAAAUGCCGCAAUUGGAAAUUACCGGAGAAACGGAGUCUAUCUUCCGAAAUCUUAUUGUCUAUGAGCACUACUUCGCUCCAAGUGAUAAGGUCAAGCUUGUCAGUCAAUAUAUUAAAUUCAUGGACUGCCUCAUCAACUCCCAAAAGGAUGUGGAAUUACUUUGUAAGCGCAAUAUUCUUCAUCAUUGUUUAGGUGAUGAUGCAACGGUUGCCAACAUUUUCAAUACGCUCAAUGAUCUUGUCAAUCUCUCUCCUAUCAACCAUUACAAAGAUACAAUCGUCAGUGUGAACCAGUAUUGCGCCCACAGACCUCACACAUGGAUGGCAAACUUAAGGCACAAAUAUUUUAACAGUCCAUGGGCUUUGAUUUCCUUGUUUGCUGCUGUUUUGUUGCUUCUGUUUACCUUCAUUCAAACUUUGUAUUCUGUUCUCGCUUAUUAUAAAUAA